GUGUGACGAAACUACAGGCAGUCCUGCCUCUGAAAGGGUUCGCCGGUCAAAGGUAUCUGCUGGUCGGACUGGAGGUCUCCAUAAAGCUAAAAGGUUUAUAAUAAUGCUUGCCGCAGUGUCUGCACAAUAGGUAAAGGCUAUUGCUUGAAUUGCUUACUGAGGAAGCUAGCUAUCCUUGUCAACACCCUGGCAGGCACCCUGGCUCACGCCCUGGUUUGUGCGCUUUGUAACCCCGGCGGGGAAUACAGCUGGUCUAAGCACCUGAGACUAGCCCAAAUGACAUUUCUCGCGAAAAUGUUCACGUUUGGGGUGGGUCCGGUGGUAUUUGUGCACAUUCCCUAUAGCUACGCAGCGACGACCCACACCGCCCCGCCCCGCCGGCCGCUUGCGGCUGGCGAUGCGCACGAGAGUGAAGUCUGUGCCUCAGAGACUAGGACUGCCGGUUCGGAGGCCGCUCUGUCGAGGUUAGGCAGGACUCCGCAUUCGACGACUAGGGGCUGCUGGGGGUUAGCAGUCUUGGCUAGACUUGCUAAAUAAGCCAUUUGCUACGAC